AAAAAAACCCAAAAAAACAAUUAACACACCUUAAUUAAAAAAUACUUUAUGGCUAAAAAAUGCAAAGCCUCUUCUGAGCCUUCAGCAAGUUGUAAUCUCUUUGCAACAGCAACAUCACCAAUCACAGAUCACCAUAGCAAAUAUGGACAUAAUGAAAAAUUUUGAAAUAUUGUGAGAAUUGCCAAAAUGUAACAGAGACAGAGAGUGAGCAAAUGCUCUUAGAAAAAUGGCACCCAUAGUCUUGUUCUUUGCACAGUCACUUUCGACUUGUAAAAAAAAUAUGCAAUAUCUGCGAAGCACAGUAAGAUGAAGCUCAUUCAAACAAGGUAUGCCUAUGAUGACAAAGGUCAGCAGUUCUCUCUAUGUGGUCAUUUAGGCUGAUGGAGGCUUUUCACCUCCCUCUCUCCAUAAUCUCCACAGUCAUUAUGGGUAUCUCCCUCCAAGCCUAGAGGCUCACACAGGGGGAAGGUUUCAUAAGCCAAGAAUGGAACUAGUGGGUAUCACUUCUGCUCAUUUUCCGUUGCUCAUAUCUUGGCUCCAUGGCUAUUCCUGACUGCAGGGAUGGCAAGGUAGAAGAGAGAACACAGAUUCUGUGUAAGAACUAGCAGUUCUUGCUACAGAACACAUGUAAAGCAUUUGGCACCUUUGCUGGCCUAUAGUAAGCAUGUAACAUAGGAGCUGCUGCUAUUGUUACCAGCUCACCACUAUUAUUAUUGCACGUUCAGUUUACAGGCUGUGUUCUACACAUAGAUGGAUUUGCAUUCCCUUGGUGGUAGAUGCAACUUUAGGCAAAGGAAGCCUGAGAGCCUGGGAGCCCAAUAGUAGCUAAUAAACCUGAGCUAGCAGUUCUGUGGCUGCAGUCAGUGGGAAGAAGAGGGAAUUCUUGCAGUAACCCCUAAUGCCAGAUUCCCACACAGUUGCAUGUCUAUUUUCUGACCACCUGCAAUAAUUCAUUUUUCACUAAACACCCCUCCCUGUACUUCUCCCUGCCUUGCACCCAACUUCUUUUUCCUGCCAGGUGAAUCCCAGGGUGGACUUGGCUAUGGCCUGAAGAAAGCAAGGACUCCACAGCUGCUAAUUCGAGGGACCCACCCCUAACUGGCAAACCACCACUGGUUGUCUUUCGGAAUUCUAGGCUUCUGUGCCUUCUGCCUGGGACGUGUGGAAUGACAUGGACUUCAAAAACCCAAUUAAGCAUGAGAAAUCUUUGUUUUCUUUGCACUGUCUUUGAUACCUGCUAAUCUGGGCCCCAAAGGGGUAGAAGCAUGAACAUUUUCCCUGGGAAUCCUAGUAACUAGGUGGUUAAAACGGAGGCACUAUUGCAAGAAGCUGAUGUUUGCUUUAGCCUGGAAAGGACACCAGGGAAAAUGUAAACACUGCCCUAAUAAAUGCUUCACCAAACUUCCAUGGUGACUACAUGUAAUCAGUUUUCUCCAUCUGGUCACAAUCUUUCUAGAAAGGAGGGGGUGUCCCCACACCCACGUUUAACUCAUCUAUCAAGAUCCUAACUUACAUCUUUGUGCUGAUUUGUCCUGCAAAGUCUCUUCUCAGUGGGGCGUAGUUGACGUGGUGUAGGAAGAAUUUAAUAUUUUCCAAUUCAAAUAGGAGAAGCAGGUCGGCAUGAGCUACUGAGUGAUCCUUCCCGGGCUGUGUGCAGGAUGCAAAAGGAUGAGCCCCAGGUGUGACCUUCUCGGGAUGGUGCAGGGUUUCAGCCAUAAGCAGACUCAGCUGGGGUGCGUGCUGUCCCAGGCAUGAGUCAGCACGCACGCAGGUAGUUAAGUUGGCUUGGCUUCCUUGGUUAGAGCAUCCAGCCUCUAAGAGUUAAAUCCCGGCAGUGCUCAGAAGUGCAGGGGCCGAGGAUUCAGAAGCGUCCUGGCGCUCAGGCUUGAGGGAGCAGUGACAUGCAGUUUUGAACAAGCAGCUGCGGCAGCAGGUCUGGCUUUCAGAAAGUGCUGAGAAGUCUCAGGCAAGCAACAUUCCAGGGGGAGGCGAACAAGAUUCUGGAUUAUCAUUUGCUUUUCUGGGAUACAGAAGAUCUUCUGAGUGGCUGAUUCAGGAGAAAUGGCCAAACGCACAUUUUCCACAUUUGAGACGUUCCUGAUUUUCCUCCUUGUGAUGAUGACUGGGGUCACUGUGGCCCUUCUCAGCCUCUUGUUUAUCACCAGCGGGACAAUUGAAAAUAACAAAGAUUCAGGUUUUCUGACCACUCAGAGCCCUCCAGCCACCCAGGGUUCUUCAACCCCUCAAGGCUCAACGCUUACCCAGGGUCCCGCAGACACCCAGGGCCCUACAGCUACCCAGGCAUCUCCAACGCCUAGCACCCCGGAGCCUACUCUAUUUCAGAACUUCAGUGGCUACCAUAUUGGCGUUGGGCGAGCUGACUGCACAGGACAAGUAGCAGACAUCAAUUUGAUGGGCUACGGCAAAACUGGCCAGAAUGCACAGGGCAUCCUCACAAGGUUGUACAGCCGUGCGUUCAUCAUGGCGGAACCAGAUGGGUCCAACCGAGUAGUGUUUGUCAGCAUUGAGAUAGGCAUGGUAUCACAACGACUCAGGUUGGAGGUCCUGAACAGACUGCAGAGUAAAUAUGGCUCCCUGUACAGAAGAGACAACGUUAUCCUGAGCGGCACUCACACACAUUCAGGUCCAGCAGGAUAUUUUCAAUACACUACAUUUGUACUUGCCAGCGAAGGAUUUAGCAAUCGUACUUUUGAGUACAUGGUCAAUGGCAUCAUGAAGAGCAUUGAGAUAGCACACACAAAUAUGAAACCAGGCAAAAUCUUUAUCAACAAAGGGAAUGUGGAUGGUGCACAGAUCAACCGAAGUCCCACUUCUUACCUUUGGAAUCCACUGUCGGAGAGAGCAAGGUAUUCUUCAAACACAGACAAGGAAAUGUUACUCUUGAAAAUGGUAGAUUUGAAUGGAGACGACCUGGGUCUUAUCAGCUGGUUUGCUAUCCACCCAGUCAGCAUGAACAACAGCAAUCAUCUUGUAAAUAGCGACAAUAUGGGCUAUGCAUCUUACCUUUUUGAGCAAGAGAAGAACAAAGGAUAUCUACCUGGACAGGGACCAUAUGUAGCAGCUUUUGCUUCAUCAAACCUGGGAGAUGUAUCCCCCAAUACUCUUGGCCCAAGUUGCAUCAACACGGGAGAGUCUUGUGAUAAUGCCAAUAGCACAUGUCCCAUUGGCGGGCCUAGCAUGUGCAUUGCUAUGGGACCUGGACAGGAUAUGUUUAACAGCACUCAGAUCAUAGGACGAAUAAUAUAUGAGAAAGCAAAGGAACUGUAUGCCUCUGCCUCCCAGGAGGUAACUGGGCCAUUGGCUUCUGCUCAUCAGUGGGUGAAUAUGACGGACGUCACUGUCUGGCUCAAUUCCACACAUACAGGAAAAACGUGUAAACCAGCCUUGGGCUACAGUUUUGCAGCUGGCACAAUAGACGGAUUUGGAAGCCUCAAUUUUACGCAGGGAACAACAGUAGGGGAUCCAUUUUGGGACAGUCUUCGGGAUCAGAUCCUGGGCAAGCCAUCUGAAGAAAUCAAAGAAUGCCAAAAACCAAAGCCAAUCCUUCUUCACACUGGAGAGCUGUCAAAACCUAAUCCCUGGCACCCAGAUAUUGUUGAUGUUCAGAUUAUAACUCUGGGGUUCUUGGCCAUCGCUGCUGUCCCUGGGGAGUUUACGACCAUGUCUGGACGGAGAUUUCGGGAGGCAAUUCAAGAAGAAUUUGCAACUUACGGGAUGCCAAAUAUGACCGUUGUUGUUUCGGGUCUAUGCAAUGUAUAUACACACUACAUUACCACCUAUGAAGAAUAUCAGGCUCAGCGGUAUGAGGCAGCUUCCACAAUUUAUGGACCACAUACUUUGUCUGCUUACAUCCAGCUUUUCAAAGUUCUCGCGAAGGCCAUUGCCACGGGCACUGUAGCCAACCUGAGCACAGGUCCAGAGCCUCCAUUUUUCAAACAACUGAUCAACACAUUAAUUCCUAAUAUUGUGGAUAGAGCACCUACAGGCAAACAUUUUGGGGAUGUCCUGCAGCCAGUGAACCCUACAUACAGAAUGGGAGAAGUUGUUGAAGUUGUAUUUGUAGGUGCUAACCCGAAGAAUUCAGCAGAAAUCCUGACCCACCAGACCUUCCUCACUGUGGAGAAAUAUGAGGCCACUUCAGCAACAUGGCAGAUAGUGCACAAUGAUGCCUCCUGGGAGACUCGUUUCUAUUGGCACAAAGGAUUGCUGGGCUAUAGCAAUACAACGAUACAAUGGCACAUUCCAGAUAGUGCCCAGCCUGGAAUCUACAGAAUAAGAUACUUUGGACACAGCCGGAAGCAGGACUUACUCAAGGCUGCUGUCAUAGUUUCAUUUGAAAGCACCUCCUCCACUUUUGAAGUUGUAACUGCUUUGUGAAAAUUGGCCAAUCAUUUAACGAGCAACUGUACUCUGUAUGAUUUAUAUGACUGAUUUCAUGCGAAGGUAACCUAUUAUGAUAACUUCAAUAAUUGUCCUUGUUUGGGGACAGAUCCUUUACUGCUAAUGGGACAGGUAGGGGUGUGUGUGUGUGUGUGAGAGAGAGAGAGAGAGCAAGAGGGAUGGAGAGAGGGAGGGAGAUGUGUGUCCCAUUUACUUGCUCUAGUAGCUUUUACCUCACGGUCUGCUUACUAAAGCAUGAUUUCCCUUGAGGCCCUGCGGCUGUUUAAAGAGACAGUUCCCCUCAAUAUGAAACCUCUGAAAUGUUGUAAGAGUGGUUGAAGAUGUAUGAACAAUAUUUAAAGUAUUUAUUUAUAGAGUUAUGGAAUGUUAGCACUGAAAAUUGUAAAGAGGUCAUCUAGUUUGAGCCUUCAUUUUGCAGAUGGAAGAAAGGGAGUAAUCACAGAUUUAAGACUCGUGUAAGUCACAUUUAAAAAGUAUUAUAUAAACACUGACCAUAAUGGUAGAAGCCCAUUAGAGAAAAUUACUAUGGAAAUUAGCAUGCCGGUUUUUCUAUACGAGCAUAGCCUUUCAAAGCACUCACCCUGGAGUUGAUAUGCCUAAUCCAGAGUUUUGUUGCUGCUCAAAGCAUUUCUGGAAUUGCCUUCAUAGCCCAAUUAUGCAAAAGUCAGACUUGUAAUGUUUUGAUUAUGCCUGUGUUUCUCUAAGUGCCCUUAUCCCACUGAAUUGUGUCUCACGUUCCCAAGUCUUGUUCUAAGUGACUUUUGACUGUUUUCACUAACCAAAUUCACUUCAAGCUCACAAAGUUUUGCUAUUAGUGCAGAUGCUAAAAUGACCGUGGUAUUGGCUCGGAGGGAGUCUUCAGAGAAGAGGCUCUAAGUUCAUCAAUCUGUUUAUUACUUAUUCAUUCACUCACUCACACAUCUGUUCAGUCAUAGAAUUUUCAUUAAGGCUUACUCUCAGACCCAGCAAAGUAUUAGUGCCUGGCCCUGACACUUAGUGAGAUCGCAUUCAGGAUGAAUGUAUAAGUGUCAAAAAGGUGGCUAUUUUAAAGGAGAACAUUAUUCAAUGCAGUGUAUAAAUUCUGAGGAGGCAUUGUAAAAUUAGUAAUCUUCAAGUCACAUCUUGUAUAUCAUCUAUGUUGGUUACUCUGAUUUAGAGGUAAAGAGACUCUAGAUGAUUUGGAAAAAGGUGUUUUGAAAGUUAUUUGUGGGUUUUGUGAAAGACCCAGUCUAAUAUUCCAAAGAAUUGAGGUAUGACAAUCUGACAUCGAUUGCCUGAAAGUGCUAAUUGCAGUUAAAAUUAUCCAGGUUAACUAGGAGCUCCCAGGCUGCAAAGUAAAUGUCCAAAAACUGAGCCAUGCUUUUGAAUGUGUAUAAAAAGCUUUAGCAGUUUAGGAAAAAAAAUCAACUUUUAUUUAAAAAACAUAAGUUUGAAAAUAAUAAUUAAAUGAAUAAUAAUACUUAAAUCCAUUUAUGUAAGACUGAAAUAUGCUAUAUUGUAUUAGAGUGAACCUGGAACAGUUUUUGAUGAAAUAGUACUCUAGAGGCUGUUUCUGUGCAAGGUAAUUGCUAGAAAAUUAAUCGGGACUUCAAUGGGUAGAGAUUCUUUUUCUUGGUGAUACCACACUAUUUAGGAUAAAAGUGCAGAGGCCUAAAAGAGCAGGUGUUUCUGAAAGUAGUUGACCCCAGAAAGAUAUAUUAUGUGAAAACUGAUGGUAAUAUUUUAAAAGGUAUUUCUUAUGACUCAAGAGUUUGAAUUCUUUUCCACCACCCUCCGUGCCUCCCAUUGAAGUUUAGCUGGCCUGAAAUUCUGUACUUUUUUUUUUAUUUAUUGAAGUGUAAUUGAUUUACAGUGUGCCGAGGCAGCCAUUGUAUUGCUCACUGAUGACCCUUCUGCACCCCACCCUCUGCAAGGGUGCAAACACCCCCUGUUUUCUUGGGAGCUGCCCCACAAAACCCACAGAAAAUCCCACAAACCCCACAGAAAUCUGUUUCCUUGGGAGCUGCCAUCUCUUCCAACUGAUGAAGUUCCAUAUCUACAGUUUGUAUAUUAAAAGUAAGACCAGGUCCCUAUAUCAUAGCUACUGUAGUUAUUCACUUGAGCAUAAAAGAACACCAUAGAAGCUGAUCUGAUCUGUUAACAUAAAACAUGGAUUAAGUCUGUAUUUGUGGCUGUUCUGGGAGUGGCUCACUGGAGCCAAACCAAAUGGGGAAAACUGAUAUUGGUGGAGAAUGUGAAAAAGGGCGUUGGGUUGGUGGGAGAACUCCUUUGGAGAAGACUUUGUUUCUCAUGUCAAAGUGUCUGUGUUUUAUUUGUUGAGCUCUGUCUACUCUGGUUUUAAGAAUGCUAUGACUUCAAAAAGUACUGGAUUAUCCAUCUAUAUGUUUCAAUGAGUGUUAUAAAAAUUGUCAGUAUUCAAUAGAAUGUUUAAUAAAUUAGUAGUUACACCUGGGAAAUCAUUUUCUAAUGAGAGGUGUAGACAAAUGAACCUUUUUUUCUUUCUAAAAGAUGGAACAAAUGGUGGUGGAUUGUAAGCAAAUCAGUUUGGAAAAUCUUAAAAAUGAUCUUUGUAAGUAACCAUCCAAAUAUAAGGGAACCACUUUCAUUGGUUUCUUCCUGCCCUCCAAAGAUUUACUGCUGGCAAAAUAUGUAUGGCAGACUUUUUUUUUUUUAACUACGAGGGCAAAUGGGAGUUUCCUAGGCCAGUAGUUAAUUGUGAAAUUGCUUUAUGAACUAAUUCUGAACAAAGAAUAGACUUGUGACUAUCCCUUUCUGUUUUAUUCUCUUAUGCUUCUGCAGUGUAAGCAAGCAUACUGUUCUUUUUCAUUAUUAGCUCAUAGAUUUCAUCUUUAGCCAAAAGAUUUCAUCACUAGAUGAUUUUUUUCAUGUUAUUCAUUCUUCCAAAUAAUGUUUUUGGCUCCUGGGUAUCCCAGUCUGACAUGCUAGUUUAUGCUGGCUUUUGGAAUUUCAUAUGUAAUAUGAUGCCAAAGAGGAAAAAAAUGUUUUUCUUUUUAGGGCUGCACCUGUGGCAUACGGAAUUUCCUGGGCUGGGAGUUGAAUUGGAGAUGUAGCUGCAGGCCUAUACCACAAGCAUAGCAAUGCCAGAUCUGAGCUGCAUCUGCAACCUACAUUGGCUUGUGCCAAUGCCAGAUCCUUAACCCACUGCGCAAGGCCAGGGAUCAAACCUGCAUCUUCAUGGAUACCAGUAGGGUUCUUAACCCACUGAGCUACAAUGGGAACUCCCAGAGAGGGAUAUUUGCAUGUUUCCCAUACACAUUAGUUAGAAUGCAUUCAGGUGUAAGUAACAAAAUCUUCCUAAUCAACAGGGGUCUGAACACUAACGACAUUUACAAUCUCAUAUAGCAAUAAGUCUUGAGACAAAUUCGGGUUUGGUGUAGCCAGUCAUGAUGUCACUGGCUUCUUCUUAACAUAUUAACUUCACUUCUCAGGCUUGUCUUCAAAUAGUUGUGCACAGCAGCAAAAAGGGAGAGGAGGGCCCUUCUGAGAAUUGCCUUGUGAAAGAUGGAAAAUAUUUAGAAGAAAUACAAGAAGAAUUUAUCUCGCAUUUCCUUGUCGAGAAUUGAGACCUAUUGCUUCAAGGAAGGCUCAGAAAGGGGAUAUUUGGCAUUUUUUGCCUCUAGAAAGGGAGACAAUUUCUUUUCUUUUUUUUUGUCUUUUAUCUUUAUAGGGCCCCACCCACGGCAUAUGGAGAUUCUCAGGCUAGGGGUCAAAUUGGAGCUACAGCUGCCAGCCUACACCACAGCCACAGCAACGCAGGAUCCAAGCCAUGUCUACAACCUACAUCACAGCUGAUCCUUGCCGGAUCCUUAACCCACUGAGCAAAGCCAGGGAUCGAACCUGCAGCCUCAUGGUUCCUAGUCGGAUUUGUUUCCGCUGCACCAUGAUGGGAACUCCUAGAAAGGGAGACAAGUUCUGACAGCAAGAAAGAAGAGGUGGUAGAAGGGCUGUUUUAUAAACUUGUUAGCCAAGGAGUUCCCUUUGUGGCUUAGUGAUUAAUGAACUCUAGGAUCCAUGAGGGUGUAGGUUUGAUCUCUGGCCUCAGUGGGUUAAGGACCCUGCAUUGCUGUGAGCUGUGGUGUAGGUUGCAGAUGCAGCUCAGAUGCCACGUUGCUGUGGCUGUGGUGUAGGCCAGCAGCUACAGCUCUGGUUUGACCCCUAGCCUGGACACUUCCAUAUUCCAUGGGUAUUGUCCUAAAAAGCAAAAAGCUAAAAUAACCAAAAAAAAAAAACUUGUGGCAUGGGCCAGCAGUUACAGCUCCGAUUUGACCCCUAGCCUGGGAACCUCCAUAUGCCCGGGUAUGGCCCUACGCAAAAUAAAUAAAUAAAAAAGCCAAAACUCUGUGACAUUGUUUGGGUGAAUACUAACAGUAUAAACCAGAGCCAGGGUGAAAUGAAGGGGAUUUCAGAGAUAUGAGGGUAAAUCUGGUUUUGGGUGUCUGAGAUUUGACAAGAUAUCCAGGUAGUAAAGUCUAGCACAUUGUGGGGGAAUAUGGAGUGGGAGUACUAUAGAGAAUGUAGAGCAAAAUAUAUAGAGAUAUGGGAAGCAUCAAUUUCAAACCAAUGGCAGAAAUCAAGAGAGCUGAAGACUUUGCAAGAAUGAGAGCACAUAGGAAGAUGAAAACAGACUGGGAUGACAGGCCUCUGGGGAACAUCUGCUCACUGGAAGGAGGAGAAAAAAGAGGCCAGAAAAUACUCUUACUAAGAAGAAGAAACAGGAGAAUUAGGAGGAUAGGAAUAAAGAACUCUAAGAAGGUCAAUUUUAUCAAAUGUUGCAGAGAAGCUGAAAGGGAAGGGGAUUGAAUUAAACCUUUGAAACUUGAAAAUGAGUAAUUUCAUAUGAAUGGUAGAAGGCACAGUGCAAGAAGUCAAGGAGUGUGACUGGGUGGAUUGGAUGUGGCAGAGACAGUUAAUGGCUCUUCCAAAUCCGCUCUCCCAUUCUUCCACAGUGAUAGCUUCAAUUGGUCAUGGGGGUCUCCCAUUCUUCCACAGUGAUAACUUCAAUUGGUCAUGGGGGUCUCCCAUUCUUCCACAGUGAUAGCUUUAAUUGGUCAUGGGGAUAGGACUGCAUUUCUCAGCCUAGGUAUAGCCCAUGACUACAUCUGGUAGCUGGGUAUAGCCAUCCAACUAAGUUCUGUUCCAUGGGGACAAGAGAAGUGGUAUGUUCUGUAUCUCUAAUUGUGCUCUCAAAAGGAACAACAUACCCUCCCUUGCCUCAAUGCCCUUCCUAAUAGUUGUGUAAUGAACAUGAUGGCAAGAGCUGCAGCAGCCACCUUGAGCCCAGAGAUGGGAUCUUCAUGUUAAAGAUGGCAAGCUUAUGAAAGAUGCCUGUGUACAUGAUAGUACCUGAUAGUCAAAUCAUCCCUUGACUGCUUAUUCUCAGACGAUUAACUGAAGAGAAAAUAAUCUUCCACCUCCUCUUUCACUGUUAAAUUUCAAGGUUUUGGAACACCUGAAGCCUGCAUUCAAACUCUAUACUGAUUAUAAUUUAGACCCUUUCUUCUGCUGUGGCUAGAACCAAUAUCAACAUACUUCUAUAAAAUCAGAAAGCAGAUCUUUACUAGUUGACCUGGGGAAAGCAGUAUGGUGACCUUUUUCCAUUUUUGACUCUCUGGCUGUUAAUGGGUUGAAUUGUGUUCCCCCAAAAAGUAUGCUAAAGUCCUCAACCCCAGGACCUCUAAAUUUGGAAAUAGGGCCAUUGAAGAUAUAAUUAGUUAUGAUGGGGUCAUAACUGGAAUAGAGUAGGACUCUAAUUCACAAUGAUUAGUCCCCUUGUAGAAAGAAUACCAUGUCCAGAGGUAUACACAGGAGACUACAAUGUGAGCAUGAAGGCAGAGACCAGAGUGCUGUGUCUGUAAGCCAAGAAAUGCCAAAGACUGCCAGUAAACCACAAGAAUCAAGGAAUGAGGCAUGGGACAGAUAAUCCCUCACAGCCCUUGGAACAAAUCAACCCUGGUGACUAUUCAGUCUUAGACUGGUAGCCCCCAAACUGUGGGGCAAUAAAUUACUCUUAUUUAAGACAACCCAGUGUGUGAUGUUUAGUUGUGGCAGUCCUGGGGAAAAGUGCACUGGCCAAAGGAUUAAUUUCCAUCCCUUAGGCACCUGCAAAAGAGAUUCUGGGGAACCUCUCCAUUUAGAGGACCUAGUAAUUAUAUCCUUUACUGUCCUGGAUAAUAUGGUCACUUUUUAGCAACUGGUCUCAUCUAUCACUGGUUGCCUAUGAGUGUUAUCUAUCAAUGUCAAAGACUAUAGUAAAUUCUGAAACUAAUUUACAUAUAAUAAAAAGUCAAAUGAAUCAGCUAUGGUGCAGCUCUGAUUGAAAUUUUUUGGAGAAUAAACAUUCUAUAAUUUGGAGAAUUGAUCUUUUAUGGGUUGUGGAUAAGACUAUGAAUAUCUAUUACAUAUAUUUGCAAGAUGACAGAAUGAGGACAAAUAUAAUUAUGCAUGUUUAUUCUCAGUUCCUAUUGAACUGAGUUUUUUUUUCCCUUUCACAUUUAUUAUGCAAGUAUGAUAAGCUCUGCAGCAAAUAAGGGACAGGUUGGUGUAGAGUCUAUAUUUCUGUUUCCAUGGAGGCAAAGCUGGAAAGAAAUCAUGAUAUACUUUAAGAAUUUGUGCCAGUUUUAAAUUAAGGCAGAAUAUUGUUGUAUUCAUGUUGUAGAAAGUUAUUGAAAAAAAAUAGUAAGUUUUUCCUCCCUAUGGGUGAUUCACUUCAAAUUUAAAUAAGUGAAUAUUUUCUAUUUCAAGAAAUGUUUUUAUGAAUAAGAGAAUGCUUUCCAAACUCUAUUGAGGAGAAAUCUUCCCAUUUGGGGAGGGCAUUUUAUUUUCUUUGAAUUAACCAAAUAACAUCUCAGCUCCCAUUUUUAACAAAAAAUUUACUGGCAAAUAUGGAAGUAUGAUGUGGGAAAUACGGUAUUUCCUUCUGGUGGGGGCUUUCAGUUAUAGGACGUAUGUCACCACGUUAUAUAUUAGCUACUCAGUCUUCAUUCAUCCUAUAACUGAUAAUCACUAUUCUAUUCUCUGUUUCUAUGUGUUCAGUUUUUUUUUUUUUUUCAGGUUCCACAAAAAAGCAAUACCAUUCAGUUUUUUUUUCUUUCUCUGUCAGGCUUUUUUCACUUAGAAUAAUGCCCUCCAGUUUGAUCCUGUCAUUUGCAGUUGUUGAAGCAUCCUUGUAUCCCAGAGAUUAACCCUACUUGGUCAUGGUGCAUGAUCCUUUGCAUGUGCUUUUGAUUUCAAUUUGCUAAUAUUUUGUUGAGAAUUUUUGCAUCUAUAUUCAUCAGGGUUAUUGGCCUUACAGUUUCCUUUUCUUGCAGUGUCCUUUUCGCUUUGGCAUUGGAGUAAUGCCGGCUUUGUAAUAUAAGUUCAGGAGUGUUCCUUUCUUGUUCCUAAGGUAGCACAUUAUACAUUCUUCUUUGUGUCUUCCUUAUUUCACUUAAAAUACAGCAAGAAAUAAUUCUAUUUCACUGUAUCAAUUUUUUUCUUAUUUUUAUAACUUCCCAGUACCAUUGUUUGUGCAUAUGCCGUAAUGCAUUACUCAGUCCCCUGCCAUUAGACAUGUGGAUUGUUUCCAGUCUUUUGUUAUUACAAAUCAUAUGUAUUUUUACCAGUGAGUCUUUGGGAUUCUUAGAUAAAAGAUAAAUGCAGUUGCAAUUAUAAAUUGUCAAAUUUCUCUCCACAGGGUUUGUAUCAUUUCACAUUUUCCUCAAUAUUGAGUGAGACUGUCUUCUUUGAGCCAUGCUAACAGUAUACACUGUCAGGUUUUUGAAUUCUUGCUAAUCUAACAGGUAAAUAGGGGUAUCUCAAAGUUAUUAUUUUGGAUUUCUCUUACUAGGACUGAAAUCACUUUCAAUUACAUUUUCCCCCAUUUGCUUUUCAUAUAUUUUUUUCCAUUUUUCCAUUAGUUCUGUCUUUAUUUUUCUUAGUUUUAUUUUAUUUAAUUAAAAAAUUUAAAUUUAAAUUAUUUUAUUAAAGUAUAAAUGACAUAUAAAUUAUAUUAGUUUCAGGUGUCCAAUGUAUUGAUUUGAUAUUUGUGUGUAUUGUGAAAUAUUGUGAAAUGAUCACCCCAAUGAGUCUAGUUAACAUCUGUCACCACACAUAGUUACAAAACUAUUUUUCUUACAAUUAGAACUUUUAAGAUGUGUUCUCCUAGCAACUCUCAAAUAUGCAAUACAGUGUAAUUAACUAUAGUCACCAUACUGUACAGUACAUCCCCUGACCUAAUUAUUUUAUAACUGGAAGUUUAUGCCUUUGGAUCCCUUUUACUCAUUUUGGCCAUCCCUCACCCUCUCCUGGCAAUCACUGAUCUGUUCUCUGUAUCUAUGAACUUGGUUUAACUAUUUAUUUAUUUUAGAUUCUUUGUAUAAGUGAGAUCAUGUUGUACUUGUCUUUCUAUGUCUGACUUAUUUCAUUUAGCAUACUGCCCUCUAGGUCCACACAUGUUCCAAAUGACAAUUUUCAUUAUUUUUUUAUGGCUGAAUAAUAAUGACUAUAUGCGUGUGUCACACUUUAUUUAUCCAUUUAUCACUUAGGUGGUUUCCAUACUUUGGCUAUUGUAAAUAACGCUGCUAUAAACAUGGGGAUGCAUAUCAUAUGUCUUCUCAAGCUAGUGUUUUCAUUUUCUUUGGAUUAAUACCCAAAAAUGAUUUUUGAGGAAACUCCAUACUGUUUUCCAUAGUGGCCCCACAAAUUUACAUUCCCAUCAACAGUGCACCAGGGUUCCCUUUUUGCUACACCCUGACCACACCUGUUAUUUCCAAUCUUUUUGUUAAUAGCCUUUCCAAUAGUGUGAUACAAUAUCUCAUUGUGGUUUUGAUUUGCAUCUUCCUUAUAGUGAUGUCAAACACCUUUUUCAGCUAAAUGUUAGCCAUUUGCAUGUCUUCACUGGAAAAACAUCUGCUCAGCUCCUCUACUUAUUUUUAAAAUCAGAUUGUUUGCUGUUUUACUAUUGAGUUGUAUGAGUUCUUUAUAUUUGGGAGUUUUAACUCCUUAUCAGAUAAUACGAUUUGCAAAUAUUUUCUCCCAUGCUGUAGGCUGCCUUUCAUUUUCUUGGUGGUUUCCUUUGCUGUGCAGAAGCUUUGUAGUUUAAUGUAUUUCCACUUGUUUAUGUUUUCUUUUGUUGCUUUUGAUCAUUAUCAAGUUAUAUGUCAAGGAGCUUAGCACAUAUGUUUUCUUCUAGGAGUUCUAAAGUUACAAAUCUUAUGUUCCAAGUCUUUAAUCCAUUUUAAAUUUACUUUCUGUGUAUGGUAUAAAACAGUGGUCCAGUUUUAUCCUUUUACAUGUCCAGUUUUCCCAGCACCAUGUAUUGAAGAUACUGCCCUUUCCCACUUAUAUAUUCUUAGCUCCUUUGUUGUAAAUUAAUUGGCCAUAUAUUCAUGUUUUAUUUCUGGGCUCUAUUUUCUGUUCCAUUGAUCUAUGUGUUUAUUUUUAUGCCAAUAUCAGUGUGUUUGAUUACUAUAGCUUUGUAUAGUUUGAAAUCAGAUAUUUUUCUUAAUUUUUAGAGAAUCUAUGCUUGGAAUAUUGGCCCUUCCUUAGGAAUUUAAUAGUAAAAUUUUCCCUAAUUUGUCACCUGCCUUUUGGCUUUGCUUAUGGUAAUUUUUUUCCAUGCUAAUUAAAAUUUUUAUCAUCUGUG